CAUUCAUUUUUGUCAGUCGUGGCAGCCCUUCAGCCCUGCACGUAUGUGGAAUGGACCGCUCUGUGUGUGUUAAUUUACAUCACUCGGGUCGAUAACGAUCCUUUGGCUUUGGCUACAACUUAUAAAGGAAGCAGAUCACAUCCGUUUGUACAUAUUUCAUCCACAAGACACAAUUCUUGCUGACGCAUAAGGCAACGCCAAAAGUUUACCCUGCCGUUGUUUGUGUGUUCUAUAGACUACUCGUACAGAAAGCCAAUAUGACCCCAUGGAUAAUUCAGAGUGGCCUUGCUCUGAUGGUGAUGUCUGGGUUGUUAAAGACGUCAGAAGGGAAGAAGGACGAGGUGCUCUAUUGUUCAGCCUGCAUGGCAAUUGCUGAUGAGCUGAACUAUUCAAUUAGUCAGACUGAUCCCAAGAAAACCAUCGAUGUUGGCGGAUUUAGAAUGCAACCUGAUGGAAGCCUCACUGAUAAGAAGGUGGCUUUUGCUAGGUCAGAAACUCACUUAACGGAACUGCUGGAAGGAGUAUGCAACAGCAUGAGUGAUUAUGCUCUCCAUGAAGAUCCACACACCAAAGAAAAGAGCUAUAAAAGGUUUGCCCCAAGGAGCAACAGCGGUGGGGAUUUCCCUGAUUUUAACAAUUUUAAGUUUGAUGGCCCAGAGGGUUCCAAUUCUCUCAAAUUUGCUUGUGAGACCAUUGUGGAGGAGCUUGAAGAUGAGAUAAUCUCUCUUUUUGCCCGUGAAUCAGUCCAUGUAGCCGACAAGUUGUGUGGCGAAUUAUCAGGCCAUUGUAAAGGCGACCAAGCCCAACGUACUGAGCUUUGACAUUACCCUUGGCUGGAGAACAAUGCAUAAGCUGGGGUUAUGCUGACAUAAGAUGUGACCUGGAGUACAAUAUUGCAGACAUACUGUUGAGUGGGACACUGUGCACAGUGACUUAGUGGAAAACAUUAUACGAAGAUGUUUUGUAAUUUUAUUAAUAAAAGUGGUUUUGGAGUCA